AUGCAAAGAGAAGUUGAUGAUAUUCAUUUACAGCAAAUACUAAUAAACAUAACGACUACGCAAAUAACUGGCGAUACGAUAAAAGCCACCUUUCGAUUUUGGCUAAAACAGUUUUGGGUGCAUUUAUUGCUAAUAAUUGCUUUCGCAUUUAUAUUCUUCCUACCUAUAAAUGGUCUCCUUUACUUCUGCAAACAAUGCUGUUGUAAGCGUGGCAAAGUAAAGCGUAGAAAGACUAAAUCAUUUGAAAUACUCUCUUGUGGUUAUUUGAUAUUAUUAAUUGCAAUGCAAGCUGUUAUGAUAGGGUUAUUAAUAGUAAGCUUAAAAAGUACCCAUUAUAUAUUUAACAAUGCAAACAAUAUCAACAAACUCGUCCAAAAUAUUAGCAAAGAUGCUACAAAUGGAAUAGAAAUUAUAUUUAAUAAUAUGAAAUGUGAGGUAGAAAUGAAAUUGCCGAAAUUAUUCGGUAAAAUGAAAUAUCUUUUAUGGCAAUUGCCAACCAAUGCAUUUAAUCAUUAUAAAGAAACUGGCGGAUACAUAAAUAUGCAAUCGGCAAUCAAUAAUUUGGCGAAUGCAAAUUUGGCAUUAAAUAAAAUUCUUAUAUCGUCGGAAAAAAUUGUUCAUAAUAUCCAUCGUUUACCAUCAUUUUUGCAAAUAAAAAUGGCAAAUUUAACAAUGAUGAUUAAUGAUGUUAUCAAUUAUAUUUAUCAAAUAAAUAAGCAAAAUAUUUUCGAUGAAAUUAACGCAUUAAUCGAUGAUACUGAAAAACAAACGAUGAAAACAUUUGAAACAAUUUACAAUGAAAGUAUUAAUGGUAUUAAAUUCAUCCGAAAGAGUAAUCGGACAAUGAAUAAUUUUUAUAAAAAUUAUAUCGAAUCGCAAGAAUUUGUUGAAACCAAAAAUAUCUUAUAUCUUCUGAUACUUAUACCUGUUUUCACUAUUAUUAUUCCAAUCAUUAUUGUUGUAUUUUGCGGAAUGGUAAAGCUAUUUACAAAUGAUAAAUCUUCAGAAGUCUUCAAUUGUGGUCGUUAUUUCGGUCUAUUUGCUCUUGCAGGAGCAUUCUUUACUGGAUGGAUCGUAAUGCUUAUCGCCAGUUUAAGUUUUAUUGUUGGAUACAGUGUAGAAGCAUUUUUCAAUCCAUUAUUUCACGAUUCUGAAAUGCUCAUCUCCAAAUCAUUACCAUUAUUUCAAUUUCAAUUCAAUAUACAAAUUCCUAUUGAUAAUGAAACUUUCACGAUAGAUAUCGGUAAUAUUAUAAAACGAUGCAAAAACAAUGAAACAAUUCUUUCGGUAUUAGAAGUUGAAAGAUUAAUUAAUGCCAAUUCAAUUAUGAAGAAAAUGAAUAUUGAAGAAAAACGAGAAAGAACAAUUGAUACAAUCAAAAUGCAAUAUUUUCCGGAACAGUUUUUUAAUCAAUUUACGGAAGAUUUUGAAGAAUUGAAAGAGAUGAAUAUUGAAUUAUAUAAUUUUAUCAUUUCGAAUAAUAUUGCAGAAUUGAAUAAAUCAUUACGUGAUAAUUUUAAUAAUAUGAAUAAUGAUGUAUCAGAAUUGGUCGAAAUUAUAAAUAAUACCACUAACAUUACUGAGCAAAUAAUUGAACAAUAUUUGUAUUCCACUGAAAUGUUUAAUGAAAGUGCUCAAAUAAUUAUAAAUGAAUCAGACUAUACAAUUGCUAAUAUCAGGAAAUAUAUUGACGACAAUGUUGAUUAUUUUCAAAAAAAUUCAUAUGAUUGUCGUCUACUAUAUAAUAUUUGGGAAGAUGGAAGUUUAGCGAUAAGCCAAAAAAUCAGUCGACCAAUUCAAGGCCAUUGGAUAUCAACUGGUCUACUGGCACUUUCUUUUAUUCCAGCUAUUAUUCUUAUAAUGCUUAUUAUCAAAUUUCUUGCAACACCGAACAGAAAAUAUGAUCUAAAUAAACAAUCAAGAAUUGAUACAUUCUACGGUGCUAUUUACGCUUACGAAGAAAGCCCGAAAAGUUCCACAUUUACGUUAGCUUCUACACUUUCAAAUCGAAGUACUAUCAAUAAUAAGAUAUGGUGCAAAUUAUUUGGACAAAAACUGAUCGCUCCAAUGAACAACGAACCGAUGAUACAUCCCAAUAUUCAUGCUUAUGAUAUAAAAUAG